CGUAUUAAUUACUUCCCCAUAAAUAAAGCCUUCGUAAACAAUAAACAAAUACGAGAAUCCCCACUCCCACUUCACAAACCCUCGCUUUCUGCACCAGCAAGUACGUUCUUACCUAUUAGCACUACUAUUCUCUAUCCCAUCUGCAUGUUCAUCAACUUGGCCUCCAUACAUAUGAAUCUAAGCAUUUCUCCGUUCUAGAUUUUCAUACCUCUUCUUUUUCUCUGUCGCCAUGUCAUCAGUGCUUGCCAAGACCGACUCUGAGGUGAGCAGCCUGAGCCAGUCGUCGCCGGGACGAUCACCUCGCCGCCCGGUUUAUUAUGUUCAGAGCCCGUCUCGCGACUCUUCCCACGACGGCGAGAAGACCACCAACUCCUUCCAUUCUAGCCCUCUCCAGAGCCCCUUGGGCUCUCCGCCGCACUCCCACUCCAACUCUUCCCUGGGCCCACAUUCCCGCGAGUCUUCCUCCACCCGCUUCUCCGGCUCCCGCAAGACCAGUUCCUCUCACCGGAAAAGUACUUGGCGACCCUGGAAAGAUCAGUUCCGCGCCAUCGAAGAAGAAGGCCUCCUCGACCCUCACGACGCUUCCCAACAAGGCCUCCCUCGCCGAUGCUAUUUUCCCGUUUUCGUUCUUGGUUUCGUCGCCUUGUUCUCUGUUUUCUCUUUGAUCCUAUGGGGAGCCAGUCGCCCUCAGAAACCCACAAUAUCAAUGAAGAGUAUAGUGUUCAAUCAAUUUGUGAUUCAAGCGGGCGAGGACGGAUCAGGAGUACCGACCAGCAUGGUGUCCAUGAAUUCCUCUGUGAAACUGACAUUUCGUAACACGGCGACAUUUUUCGGGGUCCAUGUGACCGCCACGCCUCUAGAUCUCACUUAUUACCAGCUCACUCUGGCCACCGGCACCAUAACAAAGUUCUAUCAGUCGAGGAAAAGCCAGAGAUCGAUCAGAGUGACGCUGAUAGGGAGCGGCAUACCGUUGUACGGAGGGGGAGCAAGCUUGAGCAGCGUGAACGGAGCACCGGCGGAGAGUGUGCCGUUGAAACUGAGCUUCAUGGUGCGAUCGAGGGCUAAGGUGUUGGGAGAACUGGUGAAGCCGAAGUUCUACAAGAAGGUAGAGUGCAUGGUGGAUAUGGACCCGAAGAAGAUGAACAAGGCCAUCUCGCUAAAGAACAUGUGUACUUAUCAGUGAUACAGAUACUGGUGAAAAUCGUCACGAAGGAGCAGGUUCCUCUGGUGUUCACUGCCAGAUUCUGCAUGGAUUUGCCGGACCACUGAUUUAGACUUGCUCUGUUUGCGUGCUUUAGUAUUUUGUUUUAUUUCGAUCGUCUUUUGUCUUUUAUAUCAAGUUCUUCAAUUAGCCAUAUUAAUAAGAGAGAAACAUGUGGCUUUCGUUUUU